GUGCACAGCUGAACAGUAUUUUGCGUAGUACGUGAGAGAAGAUCGAAAAAUCGAGAGAACAAGUUUUUAUGUUGAUUGUCAAUUAAAAAGGUCGUAAUAUAAAACUAAUUGUAUUUGUAUACGAUACUCAUUUUUUUUAUUACGUAGAUACAAUCUGAAUGAUUUAUGAAUGUCAUCAAGAUAAAUAUAAACAUAAUUUUUUGAUUUUUAAAUUUCUAAAGAUAAAUAAGAAAAAUGUCUGGUUCAAUGAUUCGUCUGCGUUCUUUUAUAAGAAAUAUAAGAGGUUUUAAGACCAACUCCAUUUUACGAGAUACUAAAACGUCAGAAUCGGGAUCAUCUAGCCAACCUAAUUAUAGUACAGAUUAUCUCACACCUACCAAUUUUCAAAAAAGAAUUCUAGUAUAUUCAAAAAAAUAUUCUAGCAUUAAGGAUGUGCCUGAUCGUGUUCCAGCUGAUGUUAUGCAAACUGCCAUGAGUAAAUGUCGAAUUCGUGUUGCCAAUUUGAUGAUGUUAUUCACAAUAGCUGGUUGUAUAGUAAUAGUAACCAUGGGUAAAUUGAGAAAAAAUGAAAAAAUGGAAGAAAUGAAAACACAACACGAUGAAAUACGUCGUCAAAUAACUGCUGAAUAUAAAAAUAGCUUGAAACAGCAAACUGAUACAAAAUAAUUAUCAUAUUUAAAGAAUUAAUGUAUUAUAGUUAACAGAUUAAUGUUAAUAAUUUUAUCGAUCAGUAAUAAGAACCAUUUUUAUUCAAUAUAAGCUAUAAAAAUUGGUAAUUUCUGCUUCUUUUUUUUUGUAAUAAUUUUAUCUAUGUACAAUGCAAACUUGAUGUAAAAAAAGAAAAAUAUAAUAAAGUUUUAUAAA